AUGCGACAGUUCCAGCAUUGGCCUUCUUUCGGAAUCAGUCCCGAUUCCCUACGCUACACUGAAGUUCGAGAAGCCAUAGACGACCUAGGCUUGAAGACUACCCGUCUUAGAUCUGUCGAGGCUAGGAUUUUGCCCAAGGGGCUUGAGACCGUCAAGUCGAAGCCUAUCCUGUGCUUGCGGGUACAGGAGCUACUAUACAGUCCCAAGGUCUCCUGGGUGGAGACUCAGUCUAUUGGACAACCGCGAAUCGUGGGCGCACAGAGAAAGCAGGCCGCGGAUGAGGUCACGGUUCAAGAUCCUGAAACUCGAGCCGUUUGA